AUGGGCAUUCAUGAUCACAGGCUGACAACAGACGCUGUGGAAAAAAGUUCAGGGUAUUUUAAGGUAAGAGGGAGUACUAGUUAAGGUAAUAGCCUAUAAAGGUUUGUUUUUGCCCGGGCCUUAAAAGACUUUGUCAAUAACUUUUUCUGCAUAAAAAAGCAAAAAGUAGUAAAAUCAUUCAAUCAUGGCAUCUGAAUAGCACUUUGAUGUAUUGCUUUAUUCAUACUUGAAACUAGGUUUAUCGAUAACUUACACUGGGGAAUAGUACAAACGACCUUUAUGAUGUACCACUUACUAUAUAGUCUUAUAAUAAAUUAAGUAACAUUACGUAACUUGAACUUUGCCGGUUAAAUUUCCAGCUGGAAGAAAAAGAAACUGUCAAAAAAAUGAAGUAUAGAAGUGUAAAUUGCGUGCUUGACGUAGCACACCGAUCUGGACUGGUUUACCUUUUUCUUGGAUGUUAAAUGAACCUAUCCUAGACCUAAAUUCCACCAAAAAAUUUCAAACGGUCAUAAAAUCGUGGACCGUAAAAUGGAAAUUCAUUCUCUCGGUCCUUUGUCGAUGAUACAAGGGAACAAGUAAUCCAUGACGUACCUGAUCUACUGUCUAAAUACCAGGAGGGGGGUGGGGGGGGGGUACUCCCCAUAAUUGCCUAUAAGUAGGGGCUUCACCAGAAAGCUAAGCGGUACCUUUUUCAUUCUUCAGGUAUAUCAAAGGGUAGGGAUUUUAAUGGUUGAGGUAUAUGAAAGGUAGGCAAAUCUGUCCUUUCGGUCUGUAAUUAAUUAUAAAAUGACCAAAAACUGCCACAGAAGGAUUUUAUGGCUCUGAAAAAGUCGAGAAAACGUCCUUGUUUUGUGAUUUAUUCAUAUUUUAAAGACAGUGCAUUUGUGCUGUUAAAAGAGAUGGAAAAUGUAAACUAGGCAUGUGAAAAGGGUAUCACCUAUGAAUAGAAGGUAUGUAAAAGUGUCACAUUUUCUAUCAAAAAAGUUAUAUAGGAGGGAGAGGAGUUGUACCUCGGGGCGCCGCCUCCCCUUAUAAGACAUUUUUAAAAUACCCCCGCCCCCCUGGGUCUAAAUACCGCGUCUCUAAUAGCCUACUUUGGUAUACUUAAAGAUAAGAGGACUUAUAAAGGUAAUCUAAGGUGGACCAUGUGUGCGACAGGUGACAAUUUCCAAUCCCGCUGUUUCAAAGGACGCAAUCAUCCAGUAUUUACAUAUUAAUUUGUGCUGAUCGAUACAAACAGCCAAGUCUGUAACUAAGGUUCGAAUAAAAUUCCCCUUAUCUGUUUAAAGCAUAGGGGAGCCGGAUUAUUACCACCCAAUCAGAAGAAUCGAAGCAGUAUAGAACAGAGAUUUAAAGGCUACCUUGUUUAAGUAAAUAAAUGGAUUAUUGAGUGCUUACUAAAUCCCAUUGCUUGUUCUCUGACCCGUGGAAUUUGACCUGUAUUAGAUGUGGAGCGAAAAUAGGGUGCAAAUGUAUGUAGCUUAGUAGCCACACACCCCUUCGGCCAAUUUAAGUUUUGUUUAAAAUAGUUUGGGUCAAUCAUAUUGCUAGAAAUCAGCAAAACUGUUAACGUGGAACUGCCUGAGCGAGAAUCCAGAAAAAAAUACACAUGGAACGUCAUGGUUUCUGCAUCGAGAAAAAAAAAGUUUUUUAUUUGUAUUCCUUGCUGUAUCCUUUAUCAUAGACGACUUUAAUCCAUUAUAGCUUAAUUCGUCCCUGCCAAUUUUUCGGUUUGUAAAAUCAAAACCCAAAAUAUUGUGUUAGUUUCCUUUAUGUUAAGAGUCUAACGCCUAUUCUUUUUUUUUUUCCUUAGGUACCAUACAGGAAUAGUUACAAGCUGGAAGACUGUGAUAACCGAAGAAAAUGGGUUGAACAGGUCACCAGAAAAUCUUUAUCAAAUGUUGGUCAGUGGCUGGAUCCACAGGGUACCCAUGGGAGUCAUUCCACUGAACGUUUGGCGGGAAAUAUAGAAAACCUCAUUGGAUUAGCUAAAAUUCCUUUGGGUGUUAUUGGCCCGCUUCUCAUUAAGGGUGAUCGUGUAAAUAAACAUAUUCUAUGCCCUUUUACAACUACAGAAGGUACACUUGUUGCAUCUUCCACCAGAGGAGCUACAGCAAUGACCAGGUAAUUUUAACCGUAUAAUUAUAAAGCAAAGCUCUCGCUCAGCAGAACAGCAGGGUAAGAAAUAAAAAUUGGUUAUCAACAUGAUUGCAUGCAAUAAAUUUUGGUUCUGACAAAAUCGUCCGUUUGUACGUUCGCCCCUCAUGUUAGCGGAUGUGAAAUGUCUUGUAGGGCGGCCAUUUUCUUCAGCUCAAAUUUGCAAAAAAUUGAAAUGAUUACAAUUUUGACAAAAAGUGAUCAAAUAUCUAUUAAAUAAAUUUACUUUUCAGGGGGGUAGGAGUUUCCUCCUGAAAGUUGAAAGUUUACACCUAUUUCUAUCGCGACCUAGUGCAAUGAUCUACAAUGUCGAUUAUUUUUGAAUAAUUAUGUACCAGUUGAGUGUUGGUAUUGGACACAGUUUGAGCAUGUUAUGGGAACUUUGAGUAAAACGGGUGUAUAAUUCCGUUAUUCUAGGUGCGGAGGAGUCAGUGCACGAGUGAUUCAGCAACGAAUCAUGAGAACACCGCAUUUUGUUAAGGACUCCAUCCAUCAGGCACAGACGUUGUCAUCCUGGUUAAUUUCCCACUUUGAAGAACUUAAGUUAAGAGCCAGUGAAGUUAGCCAACAUUGCAAACUUCAAGCGCUGGAACCUUGGUUUGUUGGUCCGUUUCUUCUCUCUUUUUUUUUGUUUGAUACUAGACUCUUAACCGCUCAAAAAAUUGAGAAAAGCUAUAACCUCAAUGAAUGUACAAGUUAAAGAAAGUAAAAAUGCUUGAUAAACUCCUUUAUUUGCCUGUGAUCCCUUCUUCCCUCCCUUUUUCCUCUUAUUACUUUCUAGGUCGCAAUCUGCUGAUGGAAUUCGUUUACGAUUCUGCUGAUGCCACUGGACAAAAUGGUGUAACUGUAACCACCUGGCACGCAUGUCAGUGGGCUCUGAAACAGAUCGCCAAGGAGCAACCGGAUAUCAACAAAAGGGAGUUUUACAUUGAAUCUAAGUGUAGUGGCGAUAAAGGUGCACUAGCAAAGAAUUACAUUAAAGGUCGUGGAAUUGAAGUUCAAGCCGAAGCUUAUAUUACAGUAUCUGUCCUGCAAAAUGUCUUAAAGGUACCUUGCACAAUGUAACAUCCUUGCUUUAUUGUAAGUUUCCUUUUUUUGCAAUCCCUGAUCGAGGACACGAUCAGUUGUUACAGUUUUCUUUUUCUUUUUGUCGUAGUUUAUGUAUUUGAUAAAUAUUCUUCAAACUAGCAUUCGAAAUCCCUCGAAUCCUUUUUUACCCGUUCUUGACAUAAAUAUUAGUCAGCAAUUCGGGUAUUGGCUUCACAAAGUUUUCUAAUCUUCCAACCUCAUUUUCGAGCUCUGUAAUGUCAAAACAGCUGAGCCGUGGUGUUAGCAUGACGUCAUAUGUGUCAUUCUCCCUAGUUUCCUGUAAUACGAUUCACUGCAAAAUUGGCUGACCAUAAAAAAUUAGGACUUUCACAAGUACACUUUCUCAUCAAUGUUUUGAAACAAUCUAAAAUUUGGAACUUCAUGUGCAUUCAAAGAUAGUGUUCCCUGAGGAGGCACUCUUCUAUAUUUAAUAAGAACUGCUUCGACCAUGUCUAAAUGUAAGUAAGAACAUUAUCGCCAUGUUUAGCUUCUGGCUUUGUGAUCAGACCACUAAUGUUAACAUGCAAUAUACUUUCCUUUCAUUUGCUUGCCCUUCUUUGAAACUAGCUUUGUAUGAAAAAAAGUUGAACUGGUAGGGGUGGAGAAAAUGUUAUGCAAGUUUGUAGGCACAGAUCAGUAAAUAUGUUUGUGUUAUGCAACAUUUCAGCUAUUUAUUUUUUCCUUUGCAUAAAAGGUGGAUUCCUUUACCUUGAACAGGUGUUUUCACGCUCUCCAGAUAGGUGCGCGCGCAGAGAGCUGGGUAGUACUGUGCUAA